UUUUUUUUUGGUUCUUUUUUUCCGGAGCUGGGGACCGAACCCAGGGCCUUGCGCUUCCUAGGUAAGCGCUCUACCACUGAGCUAAAUCCCCAACCCCGACCAUUUUAAUUUUUAAAAGGGUGGAGGUGGGGGUUGGGGAUGUAGCUCAGUGGUAGAGCGCUUACCUAGGAAGCGCAAGGCCCUGGGUUCGAUCUCCAGCUCCGAAAAAAAAAAAAAAGAACAACAACAAAAAAAAAAUUAAAAUGGUCAUGGUACUCUAAAAAAUAAAAUGACUUAAUUUGAAGCUGUGACAGACCUGAGGCUGAUAGGGAUCAAUCACUCCAUGUCCUUUCUUUGUCUCCUUUGGGUCCAAGUGUCAGCUGCCUGGAAGAGUUUUGUUCUAGCCUGUGGCUUCUUUUUCUUUUAUGGAGGAACAUAGAGACUCCUUAGCAUCCAUGGGCGAGAGUGGAGCCUGGGUGAGCCUCAUCAUCCGUCGUCCUUACUGUCUUUUGGUAUAGAACACAGUCUCCACUCUUUCCAAUUACUGUUUCCAAGAGUUUUAUUUCUUUUGGUCAAAUCGACCUUAUUUUUUUAAAUGAAUACAUAAAAACCAAACAUUGCACAGACGUGAGACUGUGUGGGGCUGAUGAGUUGGAUCAGCAGAGAGCGGUCACUGCUGUUCCAGUAGAGGGCCCAAGUGCUGUUCCCAGUCUUCCAUAUAAGGUUACAGCCCCCUGUAAUGGCGGCUCCAGGCUAUCAUACACUCUUCUGGUCUCUACAGGCAUCGUCACACUUCUCUCUCUCUCUCUCUCUCUCUCUCUCACACACACACACACACACAGAGUGAACAUGUGCUGUUUUGAUCCGUGUGUGUGUGUGUGUGUUCAUUGUGUCUCUUAAAACCUUAGCUGCUGGUCUAGAGAGGACAUUUGUUCAACCUAUUUCCAGUUGCCUUCAGUGACAGCUGCUUGACCGUGAAUAUGCCACGUAAACCCCACCAAGCCUCAGUUUCCUUCUUUCUCUCUAAAAAAAAAAUGCUAUACUGAUCCUCACUCUGUUAUUUUGGAAAUAAAUGCAGAUUGUUCUCUGGGGGACUGGGUAUGGACCAGUGGCACUCAGCAUACGUCUGCCAACACUGUUACAGAAUUAUUAUUUUGGUUUCUUAGGAAACCUCAUCUUAAGAUGUGGCCAGCCUCAGAAUUAUUUUAUAGCUCAUGAUGACCUUGAACUUUUAAUCUCCUGCCUUUACCUCCCAAGUUCUGGAAUUAGAGGAUACCAUAGCCAGUUUUCUGUAGCACUUAGAGAGGGAACUCAGGGUUUCAUGCCUGCUGGGGAACCAUUCUACUAACUGAACUUCCAAUUAUUUUAAAGAGUAAACAAACAACUCCCCCCCAAAAAAACCCCAAAACUCAAUUAGAACGAAAGCCCCUGACCGCUUUCAGUGAGAUUAAUCCUGCCUGGCUUUUCCUCACCAGAGACAGCCGCUAUCCAGUUAGGUUCUGUUGGGGGCUUCCAGUCACCACAUCAGUUAGGUUGUGGAGGGUUGAGCCAGGAGCCAGAUUUUCUUGUUCCCGUCCUGUCCUUAGAUGUUGCUUUAGGGUACCGAAAGGUUCUCUGUGAAUCACGCAUCCAGAUGGGUGCAGUGGCAGCCGGUGCACAUCUCCUGUUCCGGGGGAGUGGUUUCUUGGCUUCUGAAGGGCGAAGGGUGAGAGUCCAGCAUCUGGCCUUCCCUUGCUGCUGUAGGUCGGGUCGCCCAGCACCUUGCCAUCUCGGAUGUUCUGAAGCCGCCGUCUCAGCAGCCUGCCCGUUAAGUUUUCCGUGUUCUGUAGAGAUGUAGGGGUGCAUCUGUGGCCCUUUCCCCCCACCAGUGAAGAUCUUGGAGGAUUAAUAGCUUAGCAUCUUGCUUGUCUGAGAGCCCUGCUCUUUCCUGUGCUCCAAGUCCUUAGCAGGUGUCAGCUCAAGAAAGGAGGGACACUUUGUCCUACAAAUGUCCUCUCCCUGGAUGUUGCCUUUCCUUGCAGGCUGGGAUCCUCUUGUUCACGUUAGUCUGCUAGGAUGACAAAGUUGUGUCUCAUGUCAUGCGGCUUUCUGUAAACAGAUGAGCCUCCUUCCUGCCCCCCCCUGCCCCCAGCAGUUUCUGAGGGUCCAUCUUUGUGGCCCCUUGAUGUAGUGUGUGCUAAAUGUCUGCUUUUAGAUUUUCAUAUCUGGAAAUUCUUCGACUGCAAGCCCCGGAAUACACCAGGGAUAUGUGACCCUUUUAUCUUUUGCCUCUUACUGAAUUUAGAGUGCUCAUUUCCAUGAGCUCAUGUGAUGAAACAGCAAGUGGCUGGCCCCAAGAUCCUUCCUGCUCUCCACUCACCACACUUCAGCUCAUCCAGUCCUUCCUCACUGCCCCUCCAAGUGUGGCCUCUCUUGUGCAGAGGAUUUGAGAACCCCUCAGUGCUUCCUUGGGAGCAGUUUAAAUGCAUUGGCCUUGGGUUUUGUCUCCUUCAAGAGCUGCGUUCAAGGGUCUCUUUGUAGCUUAUAUCCCUUUUCUUGCUUCUGUGGCCUCAGGACUGUCAGACCUUCGGGGAUCACAUCUCUCCGUGCCCUUCUUCCAGACACAUCACGUGGUCUGAGCUAGCCCGGCUUCCUCAUGAAGCCCAGUCCUGCACUUGCCUUAUUGAUGCCUUAUUGGGUGGUGUCGUGGUCCACAUACCACAGAGCUUACUGAGCUUACACACGCUAAGAUAGAUGGGGCAUUACCGGGCAGCAUUCACUGCAGGUACCCCUGUCCUGUGCGUGUGUGUGUGCGUGUGCGUGUGUGUGUGUGUGUGUGUGUGUGUGUGUGUGCGCGUGUGUGUAAUGUAAAUGCAAUGGCCUGGAUCUCAGUUCUUACUCUGGAUUUCUAGUGCUUGAGUUUGUCCUCAGUUAUGGUUUUUCCAGUGGUUGACAUCUAAUGGACCACCUGGACCCACUGGAGGCUGUGGUAGGCAUUCUCGUGUUUAUUCCUCAUGGAGUGCCUAGUGCCUGCCGCCACCCGGAGGCUCUGAGAUGGUGUGGACAGGAGGACAGCUCCUCUGUGCUCCAGGACCCUCUUCAUUCAAGCAUGGCUGUUAAGAAUGGAGCAAACAGGUAAGCGCACCACAUCGUGUCAGGAAUGAACUCCAGAGAUGGGCAGAGUGGUGGCGGCGUGGGGAGGGGCCAUCCCUUCCCUGAACCUCGUAAGUUGCUGCUGUCAGUAGUUUGAUUGUUGUUUACCAAGGCGUUUUGUUCUAAGUCUUACGGUGUUUUAGGUUGGAGUCUUAUUGACUCUGCCAGUAACAACCUGGAAGGUACAAGAGCCUCGAUUAUGGCUGACCAAACCUCUUUGUACACCAUACACUUUGAUUUAAAUAGAAUCGACGAGAUGAUGGAGAUACAGGUUUGGGGGUGGCGGUCAGUAGCAUCUGCUCCAAGUUGAAAACACAGUAGUGACCUGUGUGACAAGAAAGGAUACAUUCUGCAUAGUGAAGGAGGUUGGGAAAGCCUGUCGAGGACGACUCCCGUCUUCACAGAGGUGUUUCGAUGCUAGCUCUUGAAGAGCAAGAAGGAAGAAGACUGUUGGAUGCUGUCUGGCUAGGCAGAGGGUGUGUACCGUGUGGGCGUGUGGGUAGGGCUAGGAAAGUAAUACAUGUUGGGGGUCAGGCAUUUAUUGUCAGGGGCUGGGGACCUGUUAGGUGUGCAGGCUCCCAGAGGUGCUCCUGCCAGGGCUUUGAGAUUCUGGACUCCCAGAGAAACCAGGGUUAUUGAUAGUUGCUGGUUUUUGGAGAAAAGUCACGUGGAUUUGGACUUAUGCUUAGUGGGUGAUUCAGAUCGUUCUCCAGGGCUGUAGACUAUCUUCAUGUGUGACGCUCUUGGCAGAAACCCCCUCAGGUUUUUGGGGGUGAACUGCAGCUUACAGGGAGUCUGACAUUCUUAGGUUUGCACCUCUUAACCUCCCUCUUCUGUUUUCUUAACAAGGGACUGCAGUGUGAACCACGACCUUCCCCCGGGUGAAUAGUGAGAUGGUAUUUUUCCAUAUGGAAAUCACAGGUUGCUGGUGAUGCCCGAUGUUGCUCAGAACAGUCGCCCCGUGACUUCAUAGGUCAUGUCACCUUGUGUUUGCCUCUGCCUGGUGGCUGCUUGGAGGGAGGAGUGUGUGUGUUGGGAAUCUCCAUUUUUGCUGUCCCUGUGUGGUGUGACGGGUGAGUGGGUGUGGUCUUUGGGCCACCUGCCUGUUAUUCUCUUGCAGCAGCAAUCUGAGAUGUUGGUCCAGCCGAGCAGCUGUCUUUCUGGGUGCUAAGUAUAGUAGGCUGUUGCUUGGUGGGGUGUGUGUGUGUGUGUGUGUGUGUGUGUGUGUGUGUGUGUGUGUGUGUACGUGCAUGUCCCUCUCUUGGAUAAUGCCGAACUCCCAAGUAUCUGGGAAGGUUUUUUUGGUUUGUUUCUUUUUUUUUCCAGGGUGCAUGCCUGGCCACUCUAUUUGCUCAUUUUAGUCUUGAGCUUUGAACUCUUCUGAAAGAAAAGGGAAGUUUGACUUGAAAACUAGUAUCUGAGUUAGGAUGGUAUGGCACAGUACCACACCUCAGUCUCCUUAACUCCUUUAGUUUAAGUGUCACAGUGAUCUUUGAUCAUCCUUUGUAGAACUUCUGCUUUGCAGACGGGUGAGCCUGGGCCUGUGAAGGUAAACAGCUUUGUUGGAGACACAGAAAUCACAAGAAUCGAGUUUGGCCCUUAGGCCCAAGUCCAUGGGAAUCCCCAGGCCCCGUUCCCCUAAAUUCUAAGCUUCCUCUGUUUCAUUCAAUGUGGCCUGUGUGCUCCAUGUGUGCACCAUGUUAGGAAUGCAGCCCAGCAUAUUUAUAGAUGACAAUGUCAUGUCUCAGUGUCAAACGGGUGGACACCUCUGGUAGACUUGAGCUCCUUCCUCUCUGUCUGAGCGUUGUAAAGUGCCCAGGUUGGCAGAUGGUAUUUGUUACAGUCUGCCAGGGAGGUCCAGGGUAUUUCCCACUGACUGUUUAUGUCCCGAGAACCUGUUAGCUUAGCACAGUGAAAUGACACUUCACUUAGUGGUUUUGUGUCUCUUUUUUCCUUCUGUGAAGUGGGGCCGUCUAUACAGUAACUCAUUCUAGACUUGUUAAAGGGGAUGAAAUAAGGCGAUGCCUCGGGGUCACUGUACAUUGUGGGUUCAAAUGGACACAUUGGUUUACCUGUCCCUGUCCCCAGAGAUGGCACUGUCCACACCGUACCCAGCAGCCUGCAGAUAGCUUGGCAUGGUUACUCUUUAGGUAGGUGACGGAUGGUCCAGCACACUGAGGUGGGAAACGAUGUUAGUGGCUUGGCUGGAUCAUGGGGUCCUGGCUUUUGGGGCAAGAUAGCAUGCACCCUUUAUCUUGGCCAUGCUCUGCUGGUGUGAAGAAUUCAUUUCCUUCUCUGUGUAGGAUGCCUGUGCGUUUGUUUUUUUUGUUUUUUUUUUUUCCCCCUGCCUUUGAGAGUAAAGUCCUAGGCUGUAGCAAGGGAAGAGCUGAGACCCCACUGUGAGAGGUCUCCUCCAGAGCCUUCUCUCCCCGGGCUGGUCUUUAUCUGCCUGGGGGUAGUUUCACCAAUGACUGAUCUGAAAGCACCACAUUCAUUUAUCUGUCACUGGCUGUGACAGGCAAGUUAAUGCUAAUGGAUUCUUUUUUUAGCCUGUUGUCUGGGAUGUUUCUCCCAAAUGUCCUGAAAUCUAUGGCAUUAGGGGAAUGUGUAGCUUUUAUGGUAGGGGAGGAUUUAAAAGAUAAAUAGGGUUUUGUGUGCGAGGGGCUGGCAUUUAGGUUAGGGGCAAGAGUGGCCAGCUAAGGGACGUGGGGCAAGCACAGAGUCGUCUUUUUAAGAAAUCCAUUCAGGGGGCUGGGGAUUUAGCUCAGUGGUAGAGCGCUUACCUAGGAAGCGCAAGGCCCUGGGUUCGGUCCCCAGCUCCGAAAAAAAGAAACAAAAAAAAAAAAAAAAAAAAAAAAGAAAUCCAUUCAGAACUCCAAAUUGCUGUUUCUGUUUCAAUUAUGUGACAAUUUCAAGGGUUUAGAAAAACCUAAUAAAACGGUCUUGACGAUGAAUUCUGGGGAGAGUGCUUUAGAAGAUUUUGGAGAAUAAAUUCCUUGGGGGUCAAGAGACUGUCGUUCCCGGCACCCUCCAAGUCCGCUUCAUCUGGGUUUUUUACAUUUUUAUUGUUUUGAAGGGCAGGAAACGGUGUAGGAAUGCAUUCAGGGCUUCAUCCAUAGCCUCCACCGAAAUGAAUUAUUCUCUUUGGGCAAUUGCAAAUACACGGCCACCGCGAUCUUUUUUUUUUUUUUUUUUAUCCUAAGAUGACAUCCCGUAAACGACUUUGAGAGCAUGAUUUGUGUGUGCAGUGAUGUUGAAUAAAGCACCAAAGAGAAGCCACUGGAGGAGGGGCCGAGUGCGACGGGAGCUCUGGAAGAGGUUUCUCUCCCUCUCUCCAAUCAAAAGCUUUUGAUAGUUUCCCAGAGAACAGAAGUUUACAAUGGAAGCGGGCUUCUGGGCUGCCUACUGGAAUGGAGAGCAGAAAGACACAGUGUAGCAAAACGGGAUGCUGAGUGACAUUAAUGAGGUGACCACUCUGGUGGGAAGGAGACAAGGAAACAGCCAAGUUGCAGUUCCCAUGAUUUGUUUCCAGCUGAACGUGUCUUGCACUUUUGUGUGUAUGCAUGUGUGUCUGUCUCUGUGUGUGUGGAUCCAGGCAUUUUUUGCUUUCUUCCUUGUUUCGCGUGAGUUUGAGUGCCCUGCACCCAGACUGGCUGUGCUGGUGCCCCCUAUUUCCAGCUGCUGCACAGCCAAGUUUGAAAUUAAGAAAAAGUGUGUGUGUGUGUGUGUGUGUGUGUGUGUAAGAGUGUGUGUAUCUGUGCGCUCAUACACCCUGGCAUGCAUGUGGAGGUCAAAGGACAGCUUGUAAGAGUUAUUUCUCUCCGUCCACCAUGUGAGUGUCUGUGCUUAAACUAAGAUCAGCAGACUUGGUAGUGAGUACCCCCCCCCCCAACUUCUCGUCCAUCUCUUAGCCUAGAAGUCAGAUUUUAAAGGAAGUGGAGUUUUGUUCUCCUCUGUGGUCCCCUGCUGGAGCCAGGAUGGGUGACAUACGAGGCCACCAUCCCAGAGCUGUACACUGUUGGUACACUGGAAGGGAGACUGUGAAAAGGCCAAUUUUGUUCUUACUGUUUGAAACGGGUUCUAACUGGGGGAGGAGGAGAAGAAAACGUGCAAGCGGUGGUGGUGCAUUCCUUUAAGCCCAGCACUCAGGAGACAGAGGCAGGCAGAUCUCUGUGAGUUCGAGGCCAGCUUGGCCUACAGAGCAAGUUUUAUGAUUUUUUUUUUUAAAUUCCAGAAGGUCCUACCCUGAUAAUACUCCCAUUGGCGAUAUGAGCGGGCAAUUGCAAUAUAUGCUUUGUUCAUAAUUUGGUGUCUUGGACAGUUCUACAUUCUCAUGCCUAGUCUUGGGGGAGAAUUUCCCACUUGAGAAGAACAGCCUUGUAGGGGGUAGCUCACCUGGGAGAGGCUUCAGGGAUGCUGACUUUGUGGGCUGGCCCUUGAGUGUCCCUGGCUUUGUUGUCAGAAGGAAGCUGGUACCUUCAUCUCCUUCAUGGUGACACUGGGGUAGUACUGUUAAGAGUGACAGGCAUGAGUUGGAAAACCUGCUAGAAGCUCCUAGGGCUCAGAGCCGCCUGCCAGGGCCUGGGUUGGGUAGACGGAAAGCAGCAGAGCCUGUUUUUACACCUUUCAACCUGGUUCAUUUGGGGCUGGCUCCCAAAUGUAUCCUUUUUUGUAGCUGGAGGCAAACAAACACGCAGGCUUCAACUUAGGUAAGACAAUGCUUAGUAGAAGGCUGCCAGUUCCUAUCUGGUCCCAUCGACCUGGGGAAAGUGGAUGGAGUAAGGCUGCUGGACCCUGGGCCGAGCAUCGCCCCGAGACUGCACAGUGUAUGUUUCCUCAUUGGCUUUCAAAGCAGAUAAUUGGUUUUAGUGAGAACUUCUGACUUGAUUAGGGGGCCCUUAGGAAAUUAAAGUGUGUUUGAAUUUCACAAGUAUAAUUUUAAUUAUACACAUUUUGCAUUUUUUUCACCAGGGAGCCAGGAUCAGGGCUUGUUUUCUUACACUAAUAGGGGCAGUAAAGUAGACGGUGGCAGACUAUCUUUGGAAAUAAAAAUCCUUGCAUCCAAUUGUGUAUUUCUCCCGCAGUACAUGGGGAACAGGUUGUCCCUUCCUGUCCUGUGUCCUUGUUAAAAAUUAUUAUUUUUUCACUGUAUUCAGACAACCGUAGAGCUGGCGAGCAUCGUCGGGUAGUGGGUGAUGGAUCUCGCUCUGGGUUUUUCUGCUGUACUCACCAUUAGAAUUUAAUUCAGGUUCCUAAGCGUGCAGCUGCUGUCCGAGCAGCCUGCAGUUGGCACGGUGCCACCUUAGCAUUGUCAUGAUUGUCUUUUAUCGCGGCCUCAUCUUAGUCUCAGUGCCCAUGCCUCCCAGCAUCAGCUCUCCUGGCUGCCCCUCUUCCUCAUCCUCCUGCCGGGGUACAGUCUCACCAGUGCACUCCGAGAUAGAGGGAGGGUGCGCAGACCACCUGGCCUCCCCAGAGAAGGCCUUGUUAUGUUUAUAGGAAAUGAUUUUCUUUCCAGAACUUUCAGAACUGGGCCGACAAAACCCUUCCUGUGCCAGAGAAAGCACACGUGGCUUGGAACUUAAGCAUCUCGUGUACAGGGACUAUAAAGAGGGCUCCUCUGACCUUAUAGGUUCUCCUCUUGGUUAGUGGCAGAAAGGACAGAGUAAUUCUUCAUCCCUUCUUGCUGUGCUUCCUAAAUCACGUUUGUAUCACUUUCUGGUGCAGGGUUCAUGCCCCCUACUUUCCUGAACUAGGCUGCUUGCUUUAGAAUCCUUGUUCGGCUAUAAACCCAGAUCUGUGCAGCCCCAAGCACAUGCCUUAGGCAUUCUGAGCUCAGUUCUGUCAUUUUAAAAAUGGACAGAGACCUAGCACCUUCACAGGGGUUGUGGCGUGGAUGGGCUGAGGUCACUUAGUAAGGGCUUAGCAUGGGUUCUAGUACUUGGAAAACUAGACCCAUGUGAGUUAGGAGCUGUUAGGAAGGGUGUUGUCACAUGACAAGUUUGGCUAACUCUGGUCUGCAUGCACCAUGGUCUGCUAUCUUGCGUAUUUUUUUAUAUAAUACUUGAGAAAUACAAAGGAAUACAUGAGUGCAUGUGUGUAUAACUGUAAACGUGUGACUUGGACAAGGUUUCAGUGUGAUUUGGUUGUUAGACAGUGAGAUGUAGCCGGUGAGACCUGGGUUUAUCGGGAGCUUUGAACUGUGGGAUCUAGUUUGAAACUUGGCUCUGUUACUAGCUCUGGCCUUAGGAAGGUGCACAAAUAUUUCGAUUCUGCACUUGAAAAAUGAGAAUAAUGGGGUUGUGUAGUAUAAAAAAAUAUAGUAUAAAUAAGAUAUUUGAUAUCUGGUUGGCACUUAGGAAAUGUUAAUUCUUUGCUCCUGUAACUAGGAAAAGGUUAUUUUAAAAAGCUAUUAAAAACAACAACAUCAUCAAAAAAAAACCCAGCAUUUAGAAAAAGUCACCAAAGGUUCAGAUUUCUGCUGCUUUAUCUUUAUGUGUUUGAGUAUUUUACCUGUAUGCUUGUGUGUGUGUGUGUGUGUGUGUGUGUGUGUGUGUGUGUUGUCUAGGGAGGCCAGAAGGCAUUAGAUUCCCCUGGGAUUGGAGCUACAGGUGGCUGUGAGCCACUGUGUGAGUUCUGAGACUUGAACCUGGAUCCUCCCAAAGAGUAGGUGGUACCCUCAAGUGCUGAGUUGUAUUUCUGGUCCCUUAAAUCCAUUUUGAAAGCUGGCUAUGGUGGCAUACAUUUGUAAUUUCAGACCUUUGGAAGUGGCAGGCAGAGGGUCAGGAUUUUGGGGCCAUCCUCAGUUCUGCAGCUAUCUUGAGGCCAGCCAGUAACCAAAGAGAGACUAAGCUGUCCUGAAAAUUCGAUGGGUAGUCAGAUGGUUGUGGCACACGCCUUUGAUCCUAGCAUUUGAGGCAGAGACAGGCAGGUCUCUGAGUUCAAUGCCCACCUGGUUUACACAGAGAGUUCUAGGACAGCCAGGGUUACAUAGAGAAACCCUGGAUUGAAAAACCCCAAAUCCAAAAAACAAGUCAAACCCAACCACCACCACCAUCAGUAACAACAACAAAAACAACAACAAAAAAGGAAGGAAGGAGGAAGGAAAAAAGGAAGGAAGGGAGGAAGGAAAAAAGGAAGGAAGGGAGGAAGGAAAUUGCCAAGUUAGUGGCUUGCCGGUAAUAAGCACCUCAGGUCUUAACUGAUAACAUCAGCAGCCCCUAAGGGAAAAGAGAGUUCUCAGUCAGAACAAAGGUGGCUGCCCUAGGGCUUUCAUUCCACACCAACCCCACGUUUUCGACUUUUCAGAUGGCUCUUCUAGCCCUGCAUGGUGCUUUUGUUUCCUUGAUGCUGGGGACAAACAGGAAGUACAGAGCUUGGUGGUGGGAAUCUGCUUAGAAGGAGAGAAUAGCUUCUAGGAAAAAAAGAUCUCUGGUUUCGAGUGAGGUGACAGGGAUGAGGGACAGUGUUGAGAUGGGCAAAGUUGCCUCUUUUGUAAAACCUUUGGGUCCUAGGGGACAUAGGACAUUGGACUUUGCUCUACAAGCCCAUGAACCCCAUCACAUGAGCCAGGUAAAUUUGCCAGAGCUCAAGAAAUAACCACAGUGCUCAGCCAGCGGCCUGGGAGAUGCUGACCCUUAAGACUUUCUGUCAGGGCUGGGAAAGCCUCAGAUGUCUUAGGAUUCUGGAGCGGGGUCCUAAUCUUGCUCUUUUCCAUGUUAGACCCUCUACGUACUGUCCACGGGGUGGCAUUUCUCAGGUCCAGGGAGUAAUUGUAAGUGGACCCCCAGCACUCUGUGAGGUAGAUGUGGUUGUUAGAGUGUGUGUGGAGGAAGGGUAGGGUGUGCUGGAGCCAAAGGGGGUGGCCAGGAGGAGUGAAAUAACAGCAGAUUACAUUGACUAAUUGUAGGGAAAAAGCCAUAUUUGCUGCUCCAUUAAGUGGUCGCCAAGCUAUGAAGCAGCUUAUUGUAAUUAAUACAGAAACAGCAAAUAAGUGUCAGGUUGGGAGUGGAGGGUCUCUGAGAGCCCCCUCCUGCUUUGGUGCUCUGAAUCCAUUGCCUCAUUCAUCGUCCUUUGGGGGAGUCUCUCGGGCACCAUUGUGGAAAGUCAGUGGCUAGUUUUCGGCUGGUUUAUUGUGACAAAGAGGAAGCUCUCUUGCCGGAUUUCUCCUCUAGGCUUCUCAGGCACCUUUAUGUUUCCUAAGAGUGGAGGGCGAGAUGGACCCCUCCGCGCCCACCAUUGCUAUUCUUGUCCACAGUUGCUUUAAUUUCAGUUCACGGAAGUGGCAGGUUACACGUCCAAGUCCAUCGAGUUAUGGGCCGUGUGGAGUUGUGAUUGCUUUCCUUGAUGAUUUCUUGUUCAAAUCAGCAGUGCUCUUAAUUUUCCAGAUGAAGUAAAAAGAAAAUUGGAGACUCCCCUCCCGCCCUGUGUCUCUUCAUCCAAGAUUUUCUGAGCGUGACUCUGAUUUGGAGGGUUAAUAUUAAUUAGAAACCGGGCUAGACCUCGGUUGCUUGAUGAGGUAGCUUCAACCAUCGUGAGAAAUAUGGCUCCCAGCUCGCACAUCCCUGCUUUUGGGUGGAAGUUUCUGGGCUUAGACGCCAGAGGAAUACGCUUGCAGGGAGGGAGACUGGAGGAUGCUUGCUCGCUACAGCAGGGCAGCCAUUUCUCCUGGGUGUAGAGGAAGGAGCAGUAUCCAAGAGCAGGAAUGGCAGAACUAAGUUCUUAGGGAGGGUGGCAUGUAGUUCUUUGCUGGCUAGAGUGGGACACGUAUUGGGUGGGGUGUGGUAGGACUAGGGGGUCACUGGAAAAGACGGCUUCCUUAUAGUUUGGAUGAUCACUGCCCAGUAGAGUAUCCAAGCCUGUGUUUAUAAAACACAUUUUCCUAAGAUUCCUUAUUAAAUUGCGGCUCCCAUGAACGCUAAGAGAUGUUCCUCAUGACAAGGAGACAGACAUCCUGUAGGGGUUUUGGAGGGCUUCCUGGACAAGACCAUAAAAGCUGAACGGGAAGAUUGAAUGGCAGGGUGAACUUGGUGAAGGAAGGACCAAGGAGUGCUCCAUGUACUGAGGAAAGUCAGGGGACUGGGAUGCCCAGGGCGAGGAGGCAGGAGGUUAGUAACGAGUUGGGAAAUGAACUGUUGCUGGCUGGAUCCUUUUAAGGGCUAAGGUGGGGUAUGGGCGGGGAGCUGGGGGUGCAGUAGGGAGAUAGGCUGGUGUGAAUUUGGGAAGGAUUACUUUUGACAGUCUUGCGUGGGAAGUGUCUUGUGAGAAGCCCAGGCAGGUGUGUGCUAGGGAAGAAAGCUCCAACUUUGCUUCAUGGAUGGUUGUAGAAGGGUACCCCAGGAGGUGAUCUGAGCUGCAUUGUGACUCAGAUGAGGUUGGUGGUUUGCUUGCCUGGAGAGUAGGGUGUGAGGCUGUUUGGACUUCUCAUGUCCAUUCCAUAUUGCUCCAGAGUAACACGUACUGCGUUUACACAAGAGAGGUGGUUGGGUCAAAAGCCGGCACUUGGUCCCUGCUUGCAUGAGACCAGGUACUCAAGGGAGACAUGCUCCUGUCUUGGGGGUGAAUGUACCCCCUUAACUGGACCUCUGCACGGUCCUUUGUACUUUUCAUUCUUACAUAUUUUAAACAUUUUAUUAUUUCGCCUGUCUAUGAUGUGUGUUUGUGGGAGGGGGUUGCGUGGCAUAGCACGCAUGUGGAGGCCAGGGACAUGGAAUUGGUUCUUGCUCACCUUUGUGGCCCAGGUAUCCCACUUAGGUCAUCAGCCUUGGUGACAGGCUUGCUUUGUUGUCAGCAUACGUGCAUCUCAGUCUUGCCACAAGACCGUUGCUCCAGAGGAACAUACACUGCUUUUACACAAGAGAGGCUACUGGGUCAAAAGCCAGCACUCGGUUCCUACCUAUCAGGCCUUUUAGAAAAAAGCGGGGAGGGGGUGGAACAAAAAAGCUGGUAUGGGUUACUCCAUAGGGUAGCUCAGAGAAAAGUCAGAGCCAAAUGCAAAAAAAAAAAGGUUCUCUGAACUGAGAGGUAGUAAAGACUGAGAUAAAAACAACCUGAAAAUGUAGUUUCCAUCCAUUUAGAACACAUGAACUGAAGUUGAAGAGAUCAACAGGGCAUUAGCAUUUAAAGUUUGCCCCCUUGCUGACCUCCCUGCUGUUAGCAUUUCCCUGGAGAUCAAAGCAAGGAGGUGGGGAAGAGUUGACACUUCGGUUCAGUUUCUGACCAGGCUGAGAGACCCUUGUUUUACAACCUUGGGCUUCCCAGUCUUUGCUUGGGUUGACAGACACAUUUUAAUCAAAAAGCAGAGUGUGUGUUUUAGUCAUGGGGAGGCCUCAGGAACAUCCAGAAAGGGCUUUGAAAGUCUACAGCUGCAGGUCCAGAGGACCGGGCCACAUCAGUUAACUGGGAAGUUUUUCUCUCUGUUACUUUUCUUACUGUUUCUCCGAGGAGCAGUCUGGAAGGUAUACGGAGAUGGGACAGAUCUGAAGAAUUCCUGCCCCCUGCUGUAUAAUAAAUCUGAUACUAAAAUUAGUGCUGGCCUCUUGAGCCAUAAUUCUUGCCAAGACAAUAAAGAAGUAUGCGUGCGCGCGCCGGUGUGCUUGUGUACAUCCAGCUUGUCUCCCAGGACUGUGGGAUGUCGGCUAAGUAACUGGGUCUCACAAUUGAUUUUGUGUGACAGCGUCUCCUCUGCUCCCUGCUUCCUCCCCCUCUCUUGUGAUGGGAGUGUAGGGAGUGGGUAGAGGGGAAAUAUUACCGCGUGUCUUUCAGGUUUGUGUAAAUCUCUGUCACGUAGGUAGAUGUUCUUAGAGACUCUAUUGGAAUGUUUUAUAAUUGAGUGUUUUACUUUGAUGACAAGACAUUACUCAACUCCUCUCCAGGAUCCUCCUCAUGCUCUGGGUGGGGCGAGACUUUUCCUCCUAGGGAACUUUGUUAAGGGAAGGGACUCACUUGGGGUGGCCAGCUGACAGCUUCACUAAUUAGUGGGCAUUUGGGUCCCUCAGUGCACAGCCCUCCUUCUGGUAGGGACAAUUCUGCUUUGAAAAGGACCACAUUCACCUUUAACUGCAAGUGGCUGUGCCAGGAGUUGCAUUUGAUUUUUAAAUUGCCCAUGUCCAGCAACCCUCUGUUACUCAUUAAACAAUAAAAUGUUUUUAAUCUUCCUGCAGCUGUGUGCACUGUGUGGGGCUUGCUUUUGGGGAGGAGGGGGAGGAGAGUCCUGUGUCCUCCCUCUCCUCUUCCCGUUCACACUCACCAAGGCUUUUAGAAAGCACUCUCCAGCAGUGAUGGAAUCUCCUCUGUGAACUUUUCCCAAGUGAGUGGCUGGGACAUUUAUAAGCUGAGGCCACCUGGGGUCAGUCUGGAUUAUCAGCCCCUGGGGCUGAAGUGCUUCCUUUGUGGGUAGUACCCAGAAAUGGGUUUAUGUCACAGACCCUUUAAAAAGUCUGUAACUUUUCCUCCCCACUCCCCUGGCCCCCACUUCGGGAGGCUUGAUUUGUCUGUCAUAACCAGAAACAGGUUUCAAGCUCCUGGUCCAUUAUAGAUGUGUUGAAGACCAAUGCCAAGCCUGAAGCCACUUACAGAGCAUGAGCACAUAGAUACAAAGGAAAGAAAGGAAGAGAGAAGGCGGGUGUGUGUGUGUGUGUGUGUGUGUGUGUGCGCGCGCAGAAAUAGGCUCUUCCAGAUCUCCUGAAGCGGAAACAGAAAAACACAGGCAGAGAGGGACCCCACAGAGAGAACGCACUCUGCUCCAGAGCAAGCGAAGUUAGUGCUUGGGCGGAAGGACCUGCCCGUGAAGGUUGUCAAAAGAGCCAAGGACAUGGCGUUCUUCCUGGAAGUGUAGGCUCUUUGUGUGUGUCUGUAGGACCUAGGUCCUGAUUGUUUCGGGCUCCUGGUGGAAGAAUUGGUGGCAUAGACAAGGAGCAUUCUCCUGUCCCAGCUGAGCAGUGCUUCUUCUAUCCCAGAGAUCCUAGUUUGGAAUGGUGGCCGAAGAAGGGAGCAUUCCCGUGCUGUCUUAGCUGGCCUGCGUUUCAGUCCCAGUGAUCCUUCAGUUAGGAACUAUUACAGGUUCUGUAUUUGUAAAAGUAAAAUAAAAAUUAAAGGAAUUAAAGGGACUCAGUAUCAAGAAAAAUUAGCCACCUUCAGGGAAAUGAAGUGUAUUAGAGGAACAGGCUUUCCACAGGGAAGCAUGCUGCUUUGGGUUCCUGGAUCAGCACGGCCCAAGAUAUAUUUUCUUUCUCUUUUUUUUUUCCAUGCUGAAAAGGGGCCAGUCCUAGCAGAGCAGUGACCUGGUACAGGUUUCUUUUUCCACUGUUGCCUUUCCCUCGAGUUAGCAGAAGAGUUGGCUUGGCCCGGCUGUGCCCUCAGCCCUGCCUGGUUGUCCUGGUGACACUGGGUUGCAGGGUUUUGAAGGUAGUCCUCAGCUCAGCUGUUCGUGAGGCUAAGGCCUGCGUUGUUCCCACCCCCCUGUGACGUGCGCAGUGCAGCUGCUGGCCCAGAAAUCUACUUGAACUGAUAUGUCUCUCACUCCAAACAAAAAAUAAACCUGGGUGCUCUAUGUAUGUAUUUUUGAGGUGUGUACGUGCGCUUUUUUUCUCUUGACAACUUCGUUCCCUACAGCUGUGCAGUCACAGACUGUUUUGAGAUCUGGAAAGUUAUUUUGUCUUUUAAGUGACUGGGGUAAGUGGGGAGCGGGGUGAGAUUUGUUUGGUACCACACAUCGAACACCAUAAUGUAAUUUUUGUUAUUAAAAAGCAUUGCAUUAUUAGAAAAGCAUUUCAUUGUGAGAGGACAGGGUAAGAUGGCUCAGUGGGUAAAGGCUUGCUACCAACAGUCUUACUCCAGAAUCCACUUAAAGGUGGAAGGAGAGAGCUGAUUCCAGAAAGUCAUUUUCUGACCUCUGUAUACAUAAUCCUAGUAACAGAAUUUGAUAAUCUUGUAACAGAUAAGGCAAAGAAAGUUUUUUCAUCUACCAGAAAUUUAUUUCUCCCUACUCUGCCCCCCCCAUCACCAUGGAGAUAAGAACUUGGGUUCCCACUGGGUGUGCCCGCUCUCAGGGACACUUGAGCUCAGUCGGGUCCAGCCUGCUGCUGGUAUAGAGAGAAGUUAAAGUUGGCCAGAAGUUUAAUAUUUGCCUUCAGUCAUCUGCUAUUCAAAGCUCUCUUUUACCCUGGGAAGGCAAGUUGGUGACAAUGUAUUGGUGUUAAAACUACUAAAUCUGAUCUCCUUUCGGGCUUAUCUUUGCUUUCUCAAAAAGUAUUUCUCUUCAGCUUUUGGUGAAAGGGCCUUCCUGUUUGAGAGAAGCAUGAAGCAGUAAGACUGAGUUUGGGAAGAGGGAAUUUGAGGGGCUGGAGCUGGCCCACAUAUCAUUUCCCAGGUGAGUUAGCCAAAUCCCAAGACUGUCCCAGGACCGCUGCUCCUGGAAAGAAAGUGUUUCUCUUUUGCUUUUGCCCUGUCUCUCAGCUGCACAGAAUGGACAGACAGGGCAAAAUCCAGACUAACCCAGCAGUCAUGCAGUUGGGCAGAACAUAGCGGCUUAGGGAGUGUGUGCAUGGCUGUAUUUUCACGUUAAAUCAUCAUUUCUGCUUCUUCUAGUACAGAAAGGAAGGAGGACAAGGGAGAGAAGAAAAGGGUGGGGGAGGGAGAAGGAGGGCCUUUUUUUUAAGGGAGCCCAGGGAAAUGUGUAAUAGGGUGGGAAGGAGAGAGUCAGGGGAGAGUUUCCAGGGAGACCAGGGAAAAGCUUGUGUGUUACCAGCGGACAGGAGCCCGGGGAACUCCCAGUUAUAUCUGGGAAGUUUUUGCAUGUAGUUGCUUUGAAUUCUGUGGUCUAGAACGCGAUGUUUAAAAGCAGUUACGGGAACAGUUCCUGAAGUAUUUCUACGAAUUUCUGUGGCCCCAGAACCCUGCUUUUCCCAGCAAGCCUCUGUAUUUUUAGAAAUGUUUUCUUUUCUCAUUGCUUGCCCCUUAGCAGAGGCCGUGCGAGUACUUUCUGUCAUGUAGGUCUGAUUUCUUGAACAGGUGUUUAGAACUGUGAAGGGGUUUAUCUUUAAAACAAAAUCUGUAGGCUCUUUGUCUGGGAGAUCAAUAUUUUCUCAUCCUGCGUGGAUGAAGUGGAGGAGGGACCUGUGUGAUGCCCUUCCCUUUCCGACCAGGGUCAGUGAAGGGUCAUGUGGCUCAGGAGGACCUUCUGUUAGUCCUUUCCUUCUCUUCUUAUUUGAUGCCUUUUCCAGAUCCUACGGUGUAGACAGAGUAAUUUCAUGUAGAUCCAUGGGACAACCAGCAGUAGACUCUGUUGGUUUUUGGCAUUUAAGGAGCUAACUUUGAAAUAGCGUUUAAUCUUCAGACUGAGCACACGCUUUAAGUGUUUUUGGGUGGGCAGGCUCUGAAGAUAGUUUGUGGCACUUAACUCUUUGAAAUGUCGGUUUCUCCUGCAGGCUGUGUGUCCUUGCCUUUUCCUCGAGGGUCCUAAUAAGAGCUGCUGGUCUAAGUCGGCAUCUCUGAGAAUCAUUGAUUUGCUAAUUGCUCAUAAGCGGAGCUAGCUUCCCCCUCCUGCUGAGAGCGCUUUUCUUCCCCCCCCCUUCCGUGAGAAGUUAGGCGGACUUCUGCAGUGUUACAGAGGUAACCAAUAAAAGAGUUUGGCAUGCUGCUGUUGCUAAUUUGUGCGCCUCAGAGGUGACCACAUCACCAGCAUCCGGGCUCCAUAAACAAAGAGCCUCAUGCUGGUGACCUUUCCUGCCUCAAACUGCAGGGCCCAAGGUCGCUGUGCGUGAUGGGGAGUGCCUUUCCCAGCCCUCUAUAGGCCUCAAUUUCAUUUGCUCAUUUCCUGAGGCAAAAUGACCUCCUGGUAAACUUGCCCAGUCCUUUUAAAGAGAACAAACAAAAUGAUGGCAAGGUGUGUUCUGUCCAAGGAAUAGGCCUUGUGGGAGGGCGUGGGUGCUUGUUAAAAUACCUACUUGGGGUUAGGCUUGUCUGCAGCGGUGGGCGAAGACUAGACGCUCAGAGAACAACUGGACCUGACAAGGUGGAGGCCACAGGAAGGUCGGCCUGCAGCGUAACAGCUGCACCUCACAGACUGUGUAAGCCGCUCUUCUCUUGUCAUUGAACGCUAAAACAAAAUCGUCUCGUUCUGUCCCCCACACUCCCUCCAUCAUCUUUCUUAGUAUUCUUCAGAUCAGGGGUCUUGAAGCUUUUAUUUUUCCCUGCUGAACUAAGCCUUUAUUAUAAAACCUUGAGACCAGAAAUAACCUGGUAGAAUUAGGAAGGGUGGAAGGUGAUACAGGCCAGUUUGUCCUUAGGAAUACCCAGUCUGGCUGGGCCGCCUGAUCUUAGAGGGCCACCAUAUUGGAGUUGGGGUUGUUUCUUCCAUGGCGUCUGCUCAGUUAUCCUUGAGGAGGUGUGUAAAGGCAAGAGCGACUGGGAGUCCUUGCAGGUGGAGGAUUGCCAGGAUCUUCGCCCCGAGUCUGGCUAUUGGUGUGUGUUGAGGUUCAGAAUUCUGAUUCACUGGCCAAUCCCGGGUAGGAAGCUGGGGCUGUGGUUCAGGAAGGAUGUCACCUUCUGCCUGUCUGUUCUUCAUGGACGUAUCACACAGCCCUCUUGCUUCUGCUCUUAAAGGAGCAUCAAAAGGGCCUUUUUCUUGCCUCAGCCUUCUAAAUGGCCCGGGCGCCCUAGUUCCUAGCCACGUCUGUGUAGUUGAUCAGCGGUCAAACGGACUCUGUGCCAGCCCCGUGUAGAGGGGGAGGAAGAGAGGGAGGGGGGAGGUACAUGUUUCUGUGGUGGUGAAUGGGAUCAGCUUUGCAUUUGUACUCAGACCGCUGCCAGUCAGAGGCACCACUGACCACUGCAAUGUAAGGAUUGUAAGUGCUCCAUGCCCUCUGGGUUAGUGAGUUGAGGCUGAUGAGGUAAUUUCUGUGGAGUGGAAUGUAGGCUAGGGUUGGUCUCGGGAGCUGUUUGGACUUCCUUCUUUAUUGUCUGUCCCUUCUAAGAGCAGGUAGUACGAUCGAUCGUUACUGGGAGUGAACCUCGAUUGUGUGACCUGGCCAGCUGAUCUAACCCUGGGAUCCUCUUAUAGUUACCACCUGUAAAAUAGAUGGUCGGACUUGGUGGCUCCUGGAAAGGGCAUACACUCUCCAGAGAACUUUGUGCAAAGCCUGCCAUCCAAUAGGUUGUUAGCCAGAAUUGAUUUUUUCAGCUAGUCUGGAUGAAGCAGUUGUUGCUGGGACAGAGAGAUUGUGUUAUAACCAAACCUCCAUCAGUUGGUCACUUUGGUGAUUUGGGUCAGGAAGCCACAGUGUGCUAUUUGGUUUUCCGGUCCUUGCAGGUUAUGUGAUGUGAUCUCCUCCCCUCUCCCCUCUCCCCUCUUUCCCCUCUCCCCUCCCUUCCCUCUCCCCUCUCUUCCCUCUCCCUUCUCCCCUCUCUCCUCUCCCCCUCCCCCCUCCGCUCUUCCCUCUCCCCUCUGGCAGAUCUCUUUAGCCCCCAGUGUCUGGGGAAUUGAGGGCUAGUUUUACUGAGUCCCAGCCUCUCCUGAGUCACUCUCCUUUUCUUGGGUCCUGUCGCUGAGUGGUACGUGCUGGGCCACUGGCUCCAGAUGGUGCUUAGACCGCUAACUGUCAUCUGGGGAUGGAUCUGUGCAAGAUGGCAUUGAGGGCGGGUGAUUCCUGCUUCUUUGGGUAGAAAAUGGGAAGUGGUGAUAGAAGGAACAGGGAGGCUGUGGGGCGAUUAUAGUGUUCAUGCUAAUUACCUGCAGUGCCCUAGCCUAGGAUUUCACAGCCUUGGCACUGUUGACAUUUGGGGCCAGGUAAACCUAUAGUGUGGUAUAGAAAGGAAGAGAUAGGGGGCAGGGGUUCUGUUGGGAAGCACAGUGUCCCUGGUUUCUGCCCUGAGACUCCAGUGUACCCUACCCUCUCCCUCUCAGCGGCUCCCAGUGACUCCCAGGGGGACAUGCCCUUCUGGUUGAGAACCAUUGAUCUGGCCCCUUAAAGUGGCUUCUGUUUGAGAAGGGGAUCCUUGAACGGGUUCUGAGGUUCCGUUCCGCAUAGAUUAGAGCCUGCUUGUAGAGUUCAAGAGCAGGAGGCUGCCUGGAAACGCACAUGGACCACGGUCCAAGCUUGGGCCGCUUCAGGUGACCAGAUGGUCACAAGAACAAAGAAGAUAUUUGUAGGAGGGUUGUCUGCGAACACAGUAGUGGAAGAUGUCAAGCAAUAUUUCGAGCAGUUUGGCAAGGUAGAGGAUGCGAUGCUGAUGUUCGACAAAACCACCAACAGGCACAGAGGGUUUGGCUUUGUCACUUUUGAGAAUGAAGACGUUGUGGAGAAAGUCUGUGAGAUUCAUUUCCAUGAAAUCAAUAAUAAAAUGGUAGAAUGUAAGAAAGCUCAGCCGAAAGAAGUCAUGUUCCCACCUGGGACAAGAGGCCGGGCCCGGGGGCUGCCAUACACCAUGGACGCGUUCAUGCUUGGCAUGGGGAUGUUGGGCUACCCCAACUUUGUGGCAACCUAUGGCAGAGGCUAUCCUGGAUUUGCUCCUAGCUAUGGCUACCAGUUCCCAGCCCUAUUACCAUAUUUAAAUGCAAGCUUCCCAGCAGCGGCUUAUGGACCAGUGGCGGCGGCAGCUGUGGCAGCGGCUCGAGGAUCAGUCCUGAAUAGCUACAGUGCUCAACCGAAUUUUGGCGCGCCCACUUCCCCGGCAGGCUCCAACCCGGCGCGGCCCGGAGGCUUCCCGGGGGCCAACAGCCCAGGACCUGUCGCCGAUCUCUACGGCCCUGCCAGCCAGGACUCCGGAGUGGGGAAUUACAUAAGUGCAGCCAGCCCACAGCCGGGCUCAGGCUUCGGCCACGGCAUAGCUGGACCUUUGAUUGCAACGGCCUUUACAAAUGGAUACCACUGAGCAGGUGCUUCUAUUACCAUCUCACUAUGAGGUAU